AUGCGUGGCGCCUGGGAGUAUAUCAGCACUAGAGGCACACUGCAUUCAGCUAUAAAUUCUCCUUGCUUCCCACCGACUUUUGCUUAUAUUCAACGAUUUCUCUCUGUCAUUCAAUCAUCUUCUCCUGACCAAUCGUCGAUGAUGAGAUACUUACUAACGGUCAGCCUGGCUCUGGUUGCUACCGUGGGAGGAAACCCCUCUGAGCCCAUCGUUGACUUGGGAUAUUCAUCUUAUCGAGGAUACUAUAACACAACGACGGGGCUUAAUAUCUGGAAAGGAAUUCGCUAUGCGGCCCCUCCAAUCAACGAAUUGCGAUGGCAACCCCCUGUUGCUCCUCCUCGGAAUUCCAGCCAUAUUCUUCCAGCUGUUGACCAGCCGCCUGUCUGCCCGCAAUCCGGUGCCGCUGGGACACCGACAGUCUAUGGCUUCAACUCGGGUCCAGGUGACGAGGACUGUUUGUAUCUGAACGUCUAUGCACCACCCAGAGCAUCGGAUUUGCCGGUCUUCGUCUGGAUUCAUGGAGGUGGAUACGGCCUCUUUGGAGCUGUCUAUGACCCUAGUCCAUUGAUGAAUACCAACGGCAACGGCUUUAUCACGGUAGAAAUCCAGUACCGUCUCGGAGCAUUUGGCUUUCUGUCAUCCGCAGAGGUUCGUGAAAGAGGGACUAAUAAUGCUGGGCUUCUGGACCAGCGGUUCGCACUGCAGUGGGUUCAGCAACAUAUCACUAAAUUUGGCGGCAACCCCAGGCGCGUCACUAUCGGUGGCGAGUCAGCUGGUGCUGGAGCAUCCAUGCUGCACGCACUGGCUUAUGGAGGAGAAGAGUCGAAUCUAUUCCAGAAUAUCAUUGCAGCUAGUCCGUACUCGGUACCGAUAUACCCAUAUGAUGACCCUGUACCCACCGGCUACUACGAAGAAUUCGUCGAAAAGGCAGGCUGUGGCCCAUCUUCGAUCGCAAAAGUCCGGUACAACAGCAGCUUUGAUUGCUUAGUAGCAGCACCGAGCGAGACGCUCCAAAACGCCAGCGGUCUGGUUUCCGAAUCAGGCUUAUUCGGCACGUUUGCAUUUCUGCCUGUCAUCGACAAUGAUCUGAUUCGCGAGCGACCGUCGGCGCAGUUACUCUCAGGCAAAGUCAGUGGUCAGCGAAUCCUUGUCGGAAACAAUGCUAAUGACGGCGUCCCCUUGAGUAAUCCGAAUGUGGUGACACGCACCGCAUUCGACAGCUACCUUUCGGCGACAUUCCCAAACUUCACCGAGACCGAUCUAGCCUGGCUAAAUCUGGUCCAUGACACGGCCGAUUCUCAGCCGACCGACGACAGCCCCCGGUUCGACACCCUGGGCACUUCAGGUCCAACUGCAAAGAACGAGUCUGAGGUGGCGACGGGACUACAGCAGACCGUGUUUAACAUCUUUGCCGAGUCCACAUUUGACUGUCCUGCACAGUGGCUCGCCGAGGCGUUUGGGGGACCUCUCCGCCAGGCCUGGAAGUACCAAUACUCAGUCACACCAGCCUACCACGGCGCGGACAUGAACGCCUAUUUUCCCGCCGGAGCGUCCUGGCCCAGCAAAGGGUUCAACCACGCAUUCCAGAAGAUCUGGGGCAGUUUUAUUAUUAACGAUUCGCCAAUUAUUCCGCUCCAAGAUGCCACUGCUAACCAGAGCCACGCCAUUGUCCCUGAAACCCCACACGGUACCCUUGACUGGCCACAGUUCCACCCAUCGGCCCCUUGGCACAUGGACUUAAAUACCACCGGCGGCACCGUCUCCCCGGUUGUCGUCACGCCAAACUACACCUAUUAUAUCCGGCAGGGCGACGAUAUUGUUAAUCACUUCCGUCUAGCAAACGCCUACACCUGGGAAGGAGGACGAGGUCUAAGAUGUCUAUUUUGGCGCGCCGUUGCAGACCGGAUUCCGCUGUAA